AGAACCGAAACCGAAUGGACCCAACCGAUAACCGAACGGUUAACCGAAAGUCCAGGCCUAAUUGGGACUCGAGUUCAUCAAUUCCAAAUUUUUACUUGGGAAGGCAACGUUCAAAGGCUAAAAGUUUUUCGUAUUGGGUUUGGAGGAUGAGGACGACCAAGGGAGGGAAGGCGAUGAACCCUACCGAUUCCUUCCGCAAGAAAGAAUUGAGACGGAACAAGCUAGAGAGAAAGAAGAUAAGAGAGGUCGGGAUUUUAAACAAGGAUCCUGAACAAAUUAAGGAACAGAUCAGGAAACUAGAUAUCUCAAAGGCUGAAGGUGCUUUGGACAAAGCAAGAAAACAUAAAAAGAGACAACUUGAAGAUACUUUGCAGAUGUCGUGAAGAAGAGGAAGGUAUGAGGAGAAAAGGAAGGAGCAGGGGGAACCUACAACCUCUGUUAUGUUCAGCCACCUACCCCCACAACGAAGACCUGGCGAGGAGGAUGAAAGAUCAAAGGAUUUAACACCAGAGGACUCUGUUUAUUAUCACCCCACCUUGAACCCGACUGGUUCGCCACCCCCUGGAAAGCCACCCAUGUAUAGAUCCUCUAUAGGACCUGGAAUCCCCUUAGAUGGCGCUUCCUCUAGUGGUGUUGCAUCAUCUUCAAAUUAUGAGUUGGAAGAUGCUGUAAUAACUUCUCCCCCGCCUCUGUCAGAUGGCAGUAUUUCAGGCUCUCUGGAUGGAAAUGCUUUUCCUGGUUUGCCUUUUCCACCUCCAUUGCCUCCAAAUCCUCCUGCUCCAACUACAGGACUUGCUUUUCCACCACCACCUCCUGGUCCCCCACCAAAUGAACGGGUUACGGUUCGUCCUCCUCUUCCGCCACCUCCUCCCUUUCCUCAAUCUUCCCAACUACCUUCACCUGGCCUUAAUGGAAGUGAAACUGAUAGCAAAAUCCUUCCCUCAUCAGAUCUAACCUUCAGCGACCAGAACGUCUCUACUGUGACUUCUAUCCCUCCUCCCCCACCUGGGCUUCCCCCGACACCUGUAAGCAAUGGUGGUCCAUCAAAUUCUAAUAACAGUAGUAGUAAUCUUCAAGAUGCUAACUUCUCCAUGAUGGUUGCACCAACUAGUUUCCUCUCUAAUUUACAGCCUGAUCUUAUGCAUUCAGGGAUGUUACGCUUUCCACCGCCACCUCCAGAUAUGCGUCCCCCUCCUGGACUCCCUCAUGGAAUGUUGGGUCAUCUAGGAAUCCCAAGGCCGCCUAAUGGUCCACCACCUGGACCACCUCCUAUGAUGAGACCGCCACUUCCUCCAGGUCCACCGCCUAAUUUUCAAGAUGGGCAAGCAAUGAGUAGGCCAUAUGUGCCACAGAAACUAUCUUACGUAAAAUCUGCUGCUCCUACAGUUGUCAAGAGACCACUUGCUCAGCACACACCUGAGCUUACAUCCAUGAUCCCUGCGUCAGUUCGAGUCAGAAGAGAGUCAGCACCUACAACCAAACCAAAGCCAAAGAUUUCGACAGCAAACAGCUUGGGAUUUACUCCAAGGUCUAUUACAACUCAUGCUGCCCCGGUGAAGCCAGUGUCUGCCACCAACACAUCUGCACCGUCAAAGCCACAGAGCAUCGACGACUCUUAUUCUGCCUUCUUGGAGGACAUGAAAGCUCUAGGAGCACUUGAUGGCUAAAAUAGAAGACUGCAUAGAGGGAUGGAAGCAAUUUCUUCUGGAUUAUAGUUUCAAAACAUUCCAGUGAAAAGAAAUCAGACGACCUGGAAGAUUUAGUUUCUCCCAGAGAAGUGGAGAUUGUUUAUCUUCAGCUGUUGUUUAGAUAUCAUAUCAUUGUAUUCAUUCAUCAACUCUGAAGUGUUUGCAUCUGCAAAGAUGUUUUAAGUGAAAGCUAAAACAUUUUGAGACUA